AUGUUCGGCCGCUUCGGGGGCGGCGGCGCGUUCGUCGCGCAGUACCGCGUCUACCCCGUGUCAUUCAUCGACCGACCGCAGCUCGAGAACGGCGACAAGGUCAUCCUCCCUCCAUCCGCGCUCGAUCGACUCACGCGCGCGGGGAUCGACGAGUUCCCGAUGCUCUUCGAGAUCACGAACGUGAAGCAGAAGAAGAAGACGCACUGCGGCGUCUUAGAGUUCGUCGCGGACGAGGGCGUCGUCUACCUGCCGUACUGGAUGAUGCAGAAUCUGCUCCUCGCCGAGGGCGACGUCGUCAAGUUUCAGAGCGCGAAGCUCCCGAAGGGAUCGUACGUGAAGCUGCGGCCGCACACCAAGGACUUCAUGGACAUCUCCAACCCGAAGGCGGUGCUCGAGACGACGCUGCGCUCGUACACGUGCCUCACGAGCGGCGACUCCAUACUCAUCUCGUACAACAACAAGCGGUACUUCAUCGACAUCGUGGACGCCAAGCCGGCGCCGGCGAUAUCCAUCGUGGACACGGAUUGCGAGGUGGACUUCGCGCCGCCGCUGGAUUACGUCGAGCCGGCGUUCGAGAAGCCCGCGGAGGCGCGGGCGGCGGCGGCGGCGGCGGCGGCGGCGGCGGCGGGAGGAGGAGGCGCUGAGGGUGCCGAUGGGGGUGCCGAGAAGGGCGGCGAGAUCGCGCCCGCGGAGGCGGCGGACGACGCGCCGAAAUUUCUCGCGUUCGCCGGCGGCGGCCGCCGACUCGACGGCAAGUCCGCGCGCGACGACUUGAAACCCGUGGAGGUGGAGCUCCCGACGACGUCGCUGAAACUAUCGAAAGAGUUCGAGCAGUUCAUCCGCGGGCCGAAGCCGGUGAAUGAGGGGAAGGAAGGCGGCGCGAAGGCGAAGAGCGAGGGAGGCGCGAGCGGGUUGCCGCGAAGGAAAGCGGGGAAGCUCGUCUUCGGGGGCGCGCGCGGCGGCGGCGGCGGCGGCGGCGGCGGCGGCGGCGGCGGCGGCGGCGGCGAGGCGAAGGCGGAGGAGGCGAAGAAGGAGGACGAGAAGAGCGGCGGGUUUAAGGCGUUCCAGGGUUCGGGGAACAAGCUGAAGUGA